AUGGAGAUGCGUAAUAAUCCAGAGGUGGACUUUAACUUCUCUGAUGCAGAGUCAAACUCAAACUCAAGAACAGUUAAUUCAAAGGUCAAAACUAAAGUGAGAGGAGAGUGGUCAAAUAAAACUGAAUUUCUCCUGGCUGUUGCUGGACAAAUCAUUGGCCUAGGAAAUGUGUGGAGGUUUCCUUACUUGUGCUACAAAAAUGGUGGUGGAGUGUUUUUAAUACCAUAUUUGGUCUUCCUGUUUGCCUGUGGCAUUCCACUGUUCCUCUUGGAGACAUCACUGGGUCAAUACACCAGUCAGGGUAGCAUCACCUGCUGGAGAAAAAUCUGCCCUUUGUUUCAAGGAUUAGGCUAUGGAUCCAUAGUGGUCCUGUUGUAUUCCAGCAUCUACUACAUUAUCAUUAUGGCCUGGGCAUUCUUCUAUCUCUUUUCCUCUUUUAGUACUGAGCUACCGUGGGCUAGCUGCAGCAAUGCCUGGAACACUGAAAUGUGUGUUGAAUUUGAUAAAAAGGACAAUUUUAGCAACUCAAGAGAGAAUGCAACUUCACCUGUUAAGGAGUUCUGGGAGAGGAGAGUGCUAAAUCUCACAGGUAGUGUGUAUGAGCUGGGCAAUGUGAGGUGGGAGCUGGCUCUGUGUCUCCUCUUGGCUUGGAUCAUCUGCUACUUCUGUGUGUGGAAGGGAGUGAAGUCUACAGGCAAGGUGGUCUAUUUCACUGCUACAUUUCCUUAUGUGAUGUUGGUGGUGCUGUUGGUACGUGGACUCUCACUGCCUGGUGCCAGUGAUGGCAUCAGAUUUUACCUCUACCCAGAUCCUACACGUCUCACAGACCCACAGGUGUGGAUGGAUGCUGGAACUCAAAUUUUUUACUCCUAUGCUCUCUGCAUGGGGUGCCUUGCUGCUCUCGGAAGCUACAACAAGUAUAACAACAACUGCUACAAGGACUGUAUUUAUCUGUGCCUGUUGAACAGUGGGACCAGUUUUGUGGCGGGCUUUGCCAUAUUUUCUGUGCUGGGCUUCAUGGCUUACGAGCAGGAGACAGACAUCUCAAUAGUGGCAGAGUCAGGUCCAGGGUUGGUCUUUAUUGCAUACCCCAGGGCAGUUGCGAUGAUGCCUGUUCCACAACUAUGGGCCAUUUGUUUUUUCAUCAUGAUAGUUCUGCUGGGUUUGGACACAGAGUUUGUGGGUUUGGAAACAUUAAUGACAGCUAUAACUGACCUGUACCCUUCCUACUUACUCCUUGGUUAUCGGCGCGAACUUACCCUGCUCUUCAUCUGUUUUGGGAAUUUCCUCAUUGGCCUGGUUAUGGUAACAGAGGGUGGCUUGUAUAUUUUCCAGUUGUUUGAUUACUAUUGCUGCAGUGGGAUGACACUUCUGUUAUUUGCCAUUCUGCAGUCAGUGUGUAUAGGGUGGGUGUAUGGGGCUAAUCGCCUGUAUGACAAUAUUGAGGACAUGAUUGGCUAUCAACCAUUGUUCUUAAUAAAGUACUCUUGGAAAUACAUCACUCCUCUAGUCUGUACUGGUACAUUUGUGUUCUCUCUGGUCAAAUUCACUCCUCUGAAGUUUAACAAUAUAACUGAAUACCCCUGGUGGGGCUAUGCUAUUGGCUGGUACUUCACACUCUCUUCAACUCUAUUGGUUCCUCUUUGGAUGAUCUAUGCUCUCCUCACUUCCACUGGCUCACUGAGACAGAGAUUACAUGCUCUCUGCACCCCAGAAAUAAACCUUCCUCAUAACUCAAGCAGAAGAAAAAACGGUUCAACUUUUAUUAGCUUUACAGCUGUACCACGAGGGCAAGAACAUCCUUGAAGUAAAAGCAUGGUGUUUGAUUUGGGGUACUUGUCUACUAUAGGGGUACUUGUUUAUUUGUCUCAUUGUACAUCAGCUCCUGAACAUAAAUUUUACACA